AUGGCCGUUAGCAACGAGCCAGUGGCCACCAGCAACGGUGCGCCCAAGACAGACCUCGAUAUUCCAGACACCACACAGGCUGUGAGCCAGAUCGAUGAGAAGAACGAUGCCGUGCGGUCGAGCUCUUCCGACCCCGAGGCGGCAGCCAAGACUGAUGAUGGACCCCAGAGGACUGUCACUGGCUUCAGGUGGUUCUUCGCCUACGCGUCUGUUCUCUCGACUGUCUUCCUCUUUGCCCUUGACGGUACCAUCGUUGCCAAUGUCCAGCCCCAAAUCGUCGACACCUUCGGUGAGGUCUCCAAGUUGCCAUGGAUCGGUGUGGCCAUGAGUCUCGGUACUAUCUCUAUUCUUCCUCACGGUAAAGCUCUCGCUAUCUUCAACGUCAAAUGGUAUUAUCUCGCUUGUGUCGCCGGCUUCGAGGUCGGGAGUGCCGUUUGCGGUGCCGCACCGAACAUGAACGCUUUGAUCGUCGGUCGUCUCAUUCUAGGUAUCUUCGGGUCCGGCGUCUACUCCGGCUCGCUCACCGUUGUCGCCCUCAUGACCAGCAACCGCGAGCGGCCGUUGUACUUCUCAGGCAUCAUCGCCAUCUGGGGUAUCGGCAGCGUCAUCGGUCCUGUCAUCGGUGGCGCCUUCGCUGAGAGCAGCGCGACCUGGCGAUGGGCCUUUUACAUCAAUUUGCCCGUGGCCGCCGUCUUCAUCCCCGGCUUCCUGUUCUGCAUCCCCUCGAUCAACCCGUCCCCCACCCUGUCGGUCUCGCAGAAGCUGCGCACCCAGGACUGGGUCGGCAUCACCAUCUUCGAGGGCGGCUCUGCCUGCUACGCCAUGGCCAUCACUUUCGGCGGCAUUGUGUACUCGUUUAGCAGCGGCCAGGAAAUUGCCCUGUGGGUCAUGACGGGUGUGUUGCUGAUCGCCUUCAUCCUGGUCGUCAUCUACCACCCGCUCGUUGCGAAGGAACACCGGCUGUACCCGGGACAUUUCCACAAGCGCCUCGAGCUCAACAACCUGCAGCUCCAGCUCUUUGUCGUAUCGGGCACCAUGAUGACGAGCGUCUACUACAUCCCCCUGCUAUUCCAGUUCACCAGGGGCGACGGUGCCUUGGACGCUGGUGUGCGCCUCCUGCCCAUCAUGAGCAUGAUUGUCGCCUUCUCCAUCAUCAACGGUUACCUUAUGCCCAAGCUCGGCUACUACAUGCCAUGGUAUGUCUUUGGCAACGCCGUCAUUCUGGCCGGCUCCACCUGCAUGUUCCGCGUUGACGUCAACACCCCCGACUCGCACAUCUACGGGUUCACCGCCCUCAUCGGCAUGGGCGUCGGCUCCUACCUGACCGCGGGCAUCGCCGUGGUGCAAGCGCUCGUCGAGCCGCACGAGGUCAGCGACGCGGUCGGUUUCAUGACAGCCGCGCAAAACAUGGGCCUCAUCACGUUCCUCGGCGUGGCCGGCGCGCUGUACAUCAUCAUCGGGACCGAGAACCUGGCGGCCGUGCUGCCCGAGCACUCGUACGACGACCUGCUGCAGCUGACGACGGGCAUCCACGGCACCAUCUUCCAACACCUGACGCCCGAGCAGCAGGUGCAGGUCGUGGACCAGGUCACGUUCGCCACGCGCAACCCGUUUGGGCUCGUCAUGGCCGCGAGCGCCCUGACGUUUACGCUGUCGCUUUUCUUGGGGCGCAAGAAGCUUUACUAA